CAACAAGAAGCACAGAAACAAGGAAGUGGGUGAUCGCGAAGCAGCCGUAACCAGUUCGUAAGGCCGUGACUACAUACGCAGCGUCUCUGUCUCUCUGUGUGUUUUUAACCUGAUAUUGCCCAGCCUCCGGACCACUACACAACAAUGAACAACAAAGGUUCUUAUCCGCAGCAGUCUGUGUAUCCUCAGCAGAGCAGUGCGCCUGUAUAUCCUCCUGCUAUGCAAAUGUCCCCUCAGGCACCUCCAUACACAGAUACACCACCUGCUUAUUCUGAGAUAUACCAGCCCAGAUACAUGCUUCCACAUCAGGUGCAGGGUCAGAUGCAUCAGAUGUCCUCUCACUACCCUGGUGCUCAGGUGUAUAUGCCCAUGCAUCAACCACACAUGGCUGUUGGGCCCGUGGGUCAGAAUGUCCCCAUGGCCUACUAUCCCAUGGGAGCUGUGUACCCACCUGGUUCCACAGUUAUGGUGGAUAGUGGCUUUGAUGGUGGCGCUCGCUUCACAGCAGGCAGCAGUGUUUCCAUCCCACCCCCACCUCCUGGACAUCCCCCCAACGCAGCUCAGUUGGCUGCCAUGCAGGGUGCCAACGUUGUAAUGCCACAGCGUAAGAAUAACUUCUUCCUGGGUGGAUCCGGUGGAGGAUUUACCAUCUGGUAACAGCAACUCCUCCACCAUGCCUAAAACCACAUCCCCGUCCCAACUGAUGCCCCAGUUUUACCCACAUCCCUUACACCUCUUUCUUCAGGCUGCUUGGCCACGCCACAAUACUGAUAUCACCUAAUAGAAUGUAAUAUUUUAGAGCCCUUGUAAAAGGUACAGUACUCCACUUGUGACAUAGAGAUGAGAUGAUAAAUGCCACUGCCUGGAUUGAAUAACCGCAAUUUUUUUUUAAUGUUGCCAAAUUCAUGCCCACAAUGUGUCAUUGGCUCUAACCUCUUUGGUCAUUCCAGACUGGACGAUUUCUUGAGCAUACCUGGUCUCUUUUGAUUAAAUGAAUUACUAAUUAACUUUGAAAUGUUCUUGUUUACCUUUUAAAUAUUGAAAUAUGAGCCCUGCAUUAUUUAGUCUAGCUGCUUUAUGGUGAAAGUGAAAUGCGGUAACAAAGUUGUAGGUGAAGUACAAAAAAAAGAAAUCUCCACAUGUCUUUUUUGAAUACUUUUAGUGUAGUUAAAUUAAUAUCUGUGUAAUAGUUUCAUGUAAAUACCAGUAUAAUGACGAUCAAGAGAAAUUACAUCUUGACUACACUCAAAAAAAAAAUCUGCAUCUCGAGUGCUUUUAGUUAGAAUUGUCUUGUCUUUUGCACAGUAUCCAAAAUACCACAGUAAAUCUCCUGCACAGUGAACUGCCCAUCUGACAGUUGCAUUUAAAUCAUGUGUAAAUUAAAUAAAUUUAAGUGAAGCAAAUAAUUCAAGAAAAGAUUUCCAUGCAAUAUUGUAAGUGAAUUACUGUACCUUGUUGGGCAACUUGUAGAUGAACAUAGUCAAGUGCCAAAGAGCACUGGGGAUAGCCCUAAUUUAAAGCAAAUUAACUUCAGUAAACUUAAAGGAAAGAAAUUUAAAGUAAAUCCAAAUAGUGAGAUGAGUGGGGAAAGUGGUGGUUGGUGUAACAUUUUAGCUUUUUUGUCUCCUGUUUCUGUUUCACAGUCGGAUACCCAGCGUUUUAUACACUAAAUGUUUAUUGUACAGGUUUCAUCUGUUGAUUCUUCCUCACACAUGUUAUAUAAUUUGGUUACAUCAAAUGGACUUUUUUCACCAUAGAAUGAAGGAUGUCACCUUUGUGACAGCAUUCGUUUUGUUGUCAACAUUCUCUGAGGUUGAGGGGACUAUAUUUCAGUGUUUAUUUUAUUCCUUUGUAACUUUUCCACCCUCAAGUGAUUUUUCAGGAGUAGUUAGGUUUUUUUUUUAAAACAAAAAAGUCAUUAGUAUAACCAAUGAGCUGGUUGUACCAAAGAUUUGGUCGACAAUGCACUUAUGUUUGGUUGUGACUUGAUGUUUUAAACGUCACAAUUUAAAAGCAAACAUAUCCUCGAAGAUGCAGUCAUGAGAUGGUUGGUACCUCGAACCAUCUCAUGUGACUGCAGUUGUUUUGUUAAUGUGUUCAUGUCACUUUACGUGGGUCAGCUGCGUCUCCUAAGUUGUUGCAUACUUUUGCACCUUUGCUGAGUACAAAUUUGAAUGAAUACUCGAUAUUUGAGAUGCACUGUUGAGCAAAUCUGAGAGGUUGCAGACAAGGGGCUACUCUUUUUUUUUUUAUGAUUCUGGUUUCAUGUCUUUUUAAGUGAACGCUGUGAACAUUUUUGACCAUUUAUUUUUCCGUUUAAAAAUGCUUCUUUUUUCGUCAAGUCUAUUCCAUUUUGAACAACAAGACGCGUCGAGAUGUAUCGUGAUGUUCAGUAGUUUGAAAACAAAUGCAGACUUUUUUUGCAAUGAGGCUAAAUCACUGUUGGUAAAAAAAAUCAGUUUCCCACAAUAUUUCUGUGCUGCUAAUUCAACCUUCUUUCCGAAUAUUUACACAAUCGUCAUGCAAACUUAAAUAUUUGGAACUAGCCAAGUCUGUAUGAUAUUAGUGGAUAUUCAUUUUGGUGUCUGGUAGUGUCAAUGUGUCACUGGGUAUCCGACAUGCCGUACUAAGUUUUAACAGCUGUGGCCUCCGCUUAAACAAAUGCUGUCUGCCAACAUUGAGUGAUUUCAGUGUUAUUUUAAGUGGGUGAGAGCAACUGUCUUUAAAUCCUGAGUGAACCUCUCGUGUGUUGAAUCUUACCCGUGCGACCCACACACAAAGCUGCUGUACCAUAUUUGACUGACAUGUCACUCAAGUGUUUUUAGAAAUGGCUUGGUGUGUGUAUUCUCACUCGUGCUGUCAUUGAAUACAGCUUUACUGGGGAACAGAGGCCACAGCUAUCAAAACUUGAGAGAAAAAGAGAAGAAAAAAAAAAACAUGAUUCAAACUUAAAUAUUUUCUUGAAUUCCAUCUCUGCUCUGAUUGUUUAAGCAGCAUAACAGUGACUUUGUCCCAGCAAUAUGAAGUACUGUAAACCACAGCUGACCAGUCGAUGCUAUGCCAACCACAGCCAGCAAAUGAUCACUCUCUGUUGAAGGAUUAUUGACAUUUAUAGUUCAGGGAUUCUCUUGACAAUAUUUUGUAAAAAAAAAAAGUAAAAAAAUAGAUGUAUGUACUAAAGUGAUGUGAUGGGACUUUGGUACACAUUCUAUCUUUUAAGAUUACUAAAGGAGAUGAGUGUCACUCCAGUUUGCUGAGACAUGUCAAAGAUGGAAUACUUUGGGGAAAAAAAGAACUUAGGUGCACUUAACUUUUUUAUACUAAACUUAAAAUUUAAAAUGUAAGUUUAGAAUAAAGGUUAUUUUGGAAAUUUGAAA